AUGUCUCAAUUGCCCAAAGGCCCGUGGACUAAGACGUUCUUUGUCAAGAACGUAGGCACUGGGUCUAUGCUCGACCUUAACGGGGCCAGUGCCGUGCAAGGCACCCGUAUUCAAGGCUACCAGCAGAAUUACGGGACGGCCCAAACCUGGAGCGUCAGUGCCGACGAAGACAACAAUUUGGCGUUCAUGAACGCUAAUACGAACACCUAUGCCUACUCCCCAGAGCCCAUCAAUGGAGGCAAUGUAGUCGGAAGUGCCACCUUGGUGCGUUUCAAGGUUGUCGGAGACGGUGGUAAAUACCAAAUCAAACCCCUCGAUGCAAACGACCUCGCGUGGAGUCUUGCCAAUGGUAAUGACUGCACUCCGGCAAGUACAGUAUUCCCUAGCAUAGAACCAGUGCUGUUGCAAGUCUCCGUCAGCGGUAACCCCGCCCAGCAGUGGGUUUUCGAAACUGUCGGAUAA